CACCACGCAGUUUGUCACCGUUCGUCCUCUCCUUCCGCGGCGAGCAGGCGGGCCAGCCAGCCAAAAUUCCUCUUCCCCACAGCCAAGAAGGCAGCAAGCCAGCAAGCUGCAACUGCGAGCCCCAUCCCGACCGGGCCACCGCCUCCCCGUCCCUUCUCUCUCCUCGGCUGUCGGCUCCACCUCCACCCCGCGCGCGCGCGCGGGCGGGCAACAGGUGUCGGGCAUGCGGCCGCCACGUCCUCCCGGGCCGCCGCCACGUCUCCCCUCCCACCACCGCCGCCGCCGCCUCCACUUCCACCUCCUUGCCGCCCCCCUCCUUUGCUUCGCCUUCCUGACGCCAGCCCUCGCCGCCGCCGGGGCACCUCCAGCGGCAGCAGGGGACACGGGCGGAGAAGGCGGAAUCAUCUGGACCAGGGCCGCCGUCGCCUGGCCCGCCAUGGCGUGGCCAUCCAAAUGUACAUGGUUGCCCCUGCCAAACAGUGGGAGGUGUCAUUCGUAUACUCUUGUUUCCAAAUACCACAAGAUUUGGAAGGACACAAAGGGAGUUAUUUCUGCAACAGAAGUUUUGAAGAAAGAACCAGUUAGCGAUGUGAUUGCUUUAAAGGAUUCCAUGAAGUACUUCGAUGCAGAUUUCUUCAGCGACUCAAAACUGCAUGAGAUGGAAGAUGGUGCAAAAGAAUUUAAUGUGCCUGCAUUCAGAGAAAACCGGAAAUUGGUCGCCUCGGAGAAUGGUGGAUUGCAUAACCCUUCUGUUCUACUCUUCAAAUCAUCAUGGAGUGGUGACAGCAUGAAAAGUGAGGCCAGAACUUUCGACUACCCUCGUGCAUCUGCAGUACAUCGUCCAAGUAAUGAUGAAGAUAUUGCUUUUAUGUCGGUAAUUGAGCUCGGAGAGCUUAUUAGGACAAAGCAAAUAACAUCGCGUGAACUUACGGAUGUAUUUUUGAGGAGAUUAAAGAGGUACAAUCCUGUUCUUGAAGCUGUUGUUACUUAUACUGAAGAUUUAGCAUACAAACAAGCAAAAGAGGCAGAUGACUUGUUGGCACAAGGAAAAUAUCUAGGUCCUUUGCAUGGUAUUCCGUACGGCCUGAAAGAUAUAAUUGCAGUACCACACUACAAGACCACUUGGGGAUCAAGGACCUUUAAGAAUCAAGUCCUUGAUACCGAAGCAUUCGUGUACAAAAGAUUGAAGUCAGCUGGAGCAGUCCUUGUAGCUAAGCUUGUUACAGGCUCACUUGCCUAUGACGAUAUAUGGUUUGGCGGAAGGACACGCAACCCCUGGAACAUUGAGGAAUUUUCUACUGGUUCAUCAGCAGGUCCAGCGGCUAGCACCUCUGCAGGAAUGGUUCCGUUUGCAAUUGGUUCAGAAACCGCAGGAUCCAUAACAUACCCUGCUGCUAGAUGUGGAGUAACUGCAUUGCGCCCAACAUUUGGAACAGUUGCACGGACCGAUGUCAUGAGCAUCUCUGAGAGUUUGGAUAAGCUUGGUCCUUUCUGCAGAAGUGCAGUAGAUUGUGCUAUUGUACUAGACACAAUUCGUGGGAAGGAUGCCGGUGAUCCGUCAUCUCGUGAGGUUGCUUUGGGCGAUCCAUUUCAUGUCGACAUCACAAAACUGACAGUUGGCUAUCUUGAUGAUGCUGAAAUGGAGGUUGUUGAUGUUCUUUCCUCUAAAGGUGUCAAAAUGGUCCCUUUCAAGUUGAACUACACUGUGGAAUCAGUUCAGUCCAUCCUGAACAUAACGAUGGACGUCGAUAUGCUUGCACAUUUCGACAACUGGCAGCGGGAAGGACAUGAUGAUGACUAUGAGGCACAGGACCAAUGGCCAGUGGAGCUUCGCCGUGCACGCUUGGUCCCAGCAGUUGAUUAUAUACAGGCACAAAGAGCACGGGGCAAGCUGAUCAAGGAAGUCAGAGAUAGCUUCACUGUUGACGCCUUCAUCGGCAACAUGACUGACUGGGAGCGUGUCUGUCUUGGAAACCUUGUUGGUAUGCCGGUAGUCGUGGUGCCAACGGGCUUGAAGAGCAUCGAGGACCCACCGAAAGGUGGCACAAAGAGAAGGACCACUGUGACUACAGGCAUAUAUGCUCCCCCUGACCAUGACCACAUUGCUUUGGCGUUGGCAAUGGCUUACCAGUCUGUCACUGAUCACAACAAACAGCGGCCGCCGAUCGACAAUCUGGGGCCGAAUGACAGGAUACACAGGUAGGGCAAAACCUGCUCAUGAGGUGAGAUGAUGCUGGCACGAGGGUCUCCACGGAAGGGAGCUGAAAACAGGAGAUGUACCGUAGCAAGAUUGAGAUAAAUAAAAUUCCAGAAAUCUGCUGUCAUCUCGCGUUUCAGUGGACCUGUGUUGCCUGAUCUUGGGCCAGCCAGAAUCGUAAUGGCUGGGCUGCCAUAUUGCUUCUAGGCCGGUGGUAUGCUGGCCUGCAGUCACGCUACACGUAGGCUCUUCUUUUUAUUUUUCUCAAUUUGCACUUCUUCUAGCAUAUCUUGCCUUUUACAGUUUGACAAAAAGGAACAGAAACCAUUUGCCCUGAAUAUCAUUGAUCCACCAAUAUCCACCUUUUA